AUGGCUCGCGUUGUGGCGCUGCUUGCUGCAGCAUUGGUGCCAGCCGCUCUGUGCAUUAGGGUGGAGCGUGAUGAUCUUUCUCCACCCUGGACGGAUCACCCAGCGCAUUUGGUGGAAGAUCUGCCGCAGGAGCUGUUGAACCAGACCAGGGAGCUCGAGAAUUUGCAAGGAGUUGGGGGGGCAGAUCUGGAAAAGCUUCUCUUCCGCAUACUCACACGCUGGCACCAAGCAGACGUCCCCACCUGCUGGAAGCAGCUGGGAAAGAUGCAUGCCAACCUGACGGCCGAAUGCUUAGCCAGGAAGCCGGAGGAAGAUUUUAUCCUGCGGUACUACGAGCCAAGACCUCCCCGGACAAGUUGCAGCGAAAGUGCCGCCGACAUCUUUCUAAGCGGUGAAGCCUUGGUGGAGGCACUCCAAAUCACAAGAUCACAGGCGGCUUCGCUGGAGCUGCCGAGGGGCUUGCUUCACAGAUUCCGGAAGUUAUCGUUUCUUCGGAGUUGGCUCCUCCCCUUGGCCAAAACCCAUAACUCGGCCAUGCUUUGGACUGGUUUCUGGGAGGGAGAUGCCAGCAACAGGACUACGAUGCGAAAGCUUGCGGAGUUUGCCAAGGAAACGGAGCACGCCACGGUCCACCCAGACAGUGUCCUAGGGCAGGUGAUCGAGGCGAGCGAGAACCUGGCUGCUUGUUACAAGCUCCCGGAAACUCGGCAGCUUCUCGACAACAUGUGGUCCUUCGCAAGCAUGAGCUUUGUGCUUGCGAUGCGUUCACGGACGCAGGGCACGGUGCUUGCGCUGGUGAACAAGGCCCUCGAGGGUGAGCGGCCCCUGGCAGACUCCGUGCUCUUCAAGCACGAGGUACCCACACUGGGCAUCGCUUCCUGGGGCAUGGGCUUCUGGUCCCCCAGCUUCAUCCUAGUCGACUUGAUGGGCACCUGCAGCCGAACUAGCCCGGCCAUUCGCAGCCAGCUCUUUGCUCGCCUGGCCUCCUGGUUCAGGGGUCUGGAGAAGGAGCACUGGAGCCUGCAAGCCUUUGCAAGGCGAUCGCGGCUCCAUCUGCAAUGCAUUGAUUGCCCCCCGGAGUCUUGUGGCUUGGACGCGUCUCUGGCUCAGCAUGUGCGGCAGCUUGUGGAGGCCUCCGGCUGA